GCAGGUCGCAGCCUGUCCCUCCCGCUGGGGGGACGAUGACAUGGCAGGUACCCGACAGGCCACCCGGCAGGCCACGGAGCCGAAGGGUCCACUCCUCUCCCUGCAGCUGUGGAAUGCCGCCACCCUGGGAGGGCUGGGGCAGCAGGCGGCUCGGGGACAGACCCCUGACCACAGCGACCGCGUGCUGUGUGCUACACGCCUCCGAGAAGGCACAGCGCUCGAAGCCUCCCCUCCCUUCCCACUGGGCCACUCCUUGCUUCCAGUCCCCACUGGAGCUGCUUGGCAGGCGCCCCAGCCCCGGGCCCUGGCACACAGUAGGCACUUAGCAGAUGUCUGCUGGAUGGAAUGGAAGGACGGAAGCCAGGGAGCCUGAAGUACUUUCCGGAGAGCAUCUUGCAGAAGACCUGGGGAGGGGUCCUGAGCCUGCCUGACAGCCUGAACCUGCACCGUGAGCCGCAGCGGGCGGCCAAGCCAGGGGAGCUGCCCAUGUUCAGCCAGUCGGAGCUGCGGACCAUCGAGCAGUCGCUGCUGGCCACCCGCGUGGGCAGCAUCACCGAGCUCAGUGACCUGGUGUCACGCGCCAUGCACCACUUGCAGCCACUGCACGCCAAGCACCACAGCAACGGCACCCCCCUGCACCAGCGGCAGGGCGCCCUCUACUGGGAGCCCGAGGCGCUGUACACGCUGUGCUACUUCAUGCAUUGCCCCCAGAUGGAGUGGGAGAACCCCAACGUGGAGCCCUCCAAGGUCAGCCUGCAGGUGGAGAGGCCCUUCCUCGGGCUGCCGCCGCUGAUGGAGUGGAUCCGGGUCGCUGUGGCGCACGCAGGCCACCGCCGCAGCUUCUCCAUGGACAGCGACGAUGUCCGCCAGGCGGCCCGGCUGCUGCUGCCCGGUGUGGACUGCGAGCCGCGCCAGCUCAGGGCUGAUGACUGCUUCUGUGCCUCCCGGAAGCUGGACGCAGUGGCCAUCGAAGCCAAGUUCAAGCAGGACCUGGGCUUCCGGAUGCUGAACUGCGGGCGGACGGACCUGGUGAAGCAGGCAGUGUCCCUUCUGGGGCCUGAUGGGAUCAACACCAUGAGCGAACAGGGCAUGACCCCCCUGAUGUACGCCUGUGUCCGUGGGGACGAGGCGAUGGUUCAGAUGCUGCUGGACGCCGGAGCUGACCUGAAUGCAGAGGUUGUCAGUACUCCUCAUAAAUACCCAUCUGUCCACCCCGAGACCCGCCAUUGGACAGCUCUGACUUUUGCCGUGUUGCAUGGACAUAUUCCUGUAGUUCAGCUGCUCCUGGAUGCCGGGGCCAAGGUGGAGGGCUCGGUGGAGCAAGGCGAGGAGAACUACUCCGAGACGCCCCUGCAGCUGGCGGCCGCCGUGGGAAACUUUGAGCUGGUUAGCUUGCUGCUGGAGCGCGGUGCGGACCCCCUGAUAGGAACCAUGUACAGGAACGGGAUUUCCACCACACCCCAGGGGGACAUGAACUCCUUCAGCCAGGCCGCGGCCCACGGACACAGGAAUGUAUUCCGAAAACUGCUGGCUCAGCCAGAGAAGGAGAAGAGCGACAUCUUGUCCCUGGAGGAGAUUCUGGCCGAGGGCACUGACCUGGCAGACACAGCCCCGCCUGCCCUGUGCGCCAGCCGAAACAGCAAGGCCAAGCUGAGGGCCCUGAGGGAGGCCAUGUACCACAGCGCUGAGCACGGCUACGUGGAUGUUACCAUUGACAUCAGGAGCAUAGGCGUGCCCUGGACGCUGCACACGUGGCUCGAGUCCCUGCGGAUUGCCUUCCAGCAGCACCGCCGGCCGCUCAUCCAGUGCCUGCUCAAGGAGUUUAAGACCAUCCAGGAGGAGGAGUACACAGAGGAGCUGGUCACCCAGGGUCUGCCGCUCAUGUUCGAGAUCCUCAAAGCCAGCAAGAACGAGGUGAUCGGCCAGCAGCUGUGUGUCAUCUUCACACACUGCUACGGGCCCUACCCCAUCCCCAAGCUGGCGGAGAUCAAGAGGAAGCAGACCUCGCGCCUGGACCCUCAUUUCCUCAACAACAAGGAAAUGUCCGAUGUCACCUUCCUCGUGGAAGGGAGGCCGUUCUACGCUCACAAAGUGCUACUGUUCACAGCCUCCCCAAGGUUCAAAGCCCUCCUAUCCAGCAAGCCAGCCAACGAUGGCACCUGCAUAGAGAUUGGCUACGUGAAGUACCCCAUCUUCCAGCUGGUCAUGCAGUGCCUGUACUGCGGGGGCCCUGAGUCCCUGCUCAUCAAGAACAACGAGAUCAUGGAGCUUCUGUCGGCUGCCAAGUUCUUCCAGCUGGACGCCCUGCAGCGGCACUGCGAGAUCAUCUGCGCCAAGAGCAUCAGCACAGACAACUGCGUGGACAUCUACAGCCACGCCAAGUUCCUCGGAGUCACAGAGCUCUCUGCCUACUGUGAAGGCUACUUCCUCAAAAACAUGAUGGUCCUCAUUGAAAAUGAAGCAUUCAAGCAGCUCCUAUACGACAAAAACGGCGAGGGCACAGGCCACGAUGUGCUCCAGGACUUACAGAGGACGUUGGCCAUCAGGAUUCAGUCCAUCCACCUGUCGUCCUCCAAGGGCUCCGUGGUGUGAGUGUCCAGUGCGUGGAGGUGGCCUGGGGACUCCAGCUGUCCCACUGCACUGGCUGCACCGACACCCACGAUCCCACCUGCUGUCUGUGUGAGGCUCGGCCACGGAGCAGCCUCCACUGCCUCGGCUGUUCUUGAAUUGGAGAGCUCAGCUCCCACAUGCUUCUGUGGAAACUCAGGGCACGGAGGGGGGCACAGCGUGUGCGGAGCCCCCAUCCACACAGGGCCCCCAAGCUAACUCCGGCACUGUCCCCAGAUGGAUUGAGGCCAGAAGGCCAUCCGGGUUCCUGGCUGACAACUAGAGAACGAGACUGCACCGACCCGGAAGCGCUUGUGUUACAUGCCAGAGACCUAUGCCGACCCGGAAGCAGUUGUAUCUCAUGCCUGAGACCUCAGCAGCUGUGCUGAGCAGAGGUCAACCAUGGCAGCUCAUGGAUGAGGCCAUUAUGCAUAAUGAGGAAAUGUUUGGCUAAUUUUUAGGGGUGGGAACUUUUUAAAAUUGUUCAUACUAUAACAACAACAGGGAAGUAGUUUAAAAUAUAUUUCUAAAAGCUUUACAGUUCAUUUUCAACUGAAUUGUGUUUAGGGAUCUGUGUUUUGAGGCUCUUUUCUUCUUUUUUAAACCAUAAGCUGCAGGUCCACACUGUAAACAUGCAUCUGGCAGGCUCUUGCUGAUACUCUGACAAGGAGAUAUAACCCUGCCUUGUGGUGACACAGAAGAGCGCACUGCCAGACACUCGCUCUAGUCCAGUAGUUGGAAACCACCUGCAUGCUGAUCGUGGUUUCGGGGUGAGGAUAGGACACCCCACAUAACAGAACGUGCAUCUGCAUGGGCCAGGACCUAUACCACGUGAUGUUUGCGCUUCGUUUUUUUGCCAAGGUAAAAAUGUCCCAUCAGUUCUUGCUUAGACGUCCACCUGGUGACACUAGCAUACCCAUUUCUUCUCCGAUCACGAAUGAACCGGAUGCUUUUGUUGGGGGGCGGGGGGAGCACGUGAGAGAAUUCACUCUUAACCCAGAGUUUUUGCUGUAUUCUCAGAAGAUGUCAAUAGUUUGUUACUAGCCAGAGAGUAUGACUGUGUUAGACUAUUUUUCAAGAAGAACCAUGUAUGAUGGGAGUCACUUUCUGUAUUCCGACAGUGUACAGCUAGGGUUCUGUAACGAAAGUCUAUAUCGACAGGGUCCGUUCACUCUGCCAUGUAUUAUAUAUAUACAUAUAUAUAUAUAUAUAUAUAUAAGCAAAAG